AUGACUACAAAGACCGUAGCCAAGCAGCCCUGGGAAGAGCGGGUUAAAAUACCCAGAAAGGUUCGAGAUGAUUCGGUCGCGCGUGUUGAUCCCCCUCUACAAGGCUUGCCCGAUAAGCUUCCGCAGAACUCGCAGGGGCUUGCCCAGGCCGUCUUGACUCCGCGAGAACUCGAGAUAACAGGAAAGUCUGCCAUUGAACUCCUAGAAAAGCUCCAAAGUCGAGAGCUCUCGUCGGAAGAAGUUACAAGGGCCUUUCUGCGACGAGCAGCGCUUGCCCAGCACGCCACUAACUGUUUGACCGAGCUGCUCUGGGACGAGGCCAUUGAGCGAGCACGAUACCUUGACUCUUUACCGGAACCUGUUGGACCCCUUCACGGAUUACCCAUUAGUACCAAGGAGCAUCAUGGUUCAAAGUCCAAGAAUGGUGUUGCCAACGCCUCCUACGUCUAUUGGAUCGGAAAGCCUCAAGGAUCCAUCCUGCUUUAUGACAUUUUGUAUGACGCCGGCUGUGUUUACUUCGCCAGAACCACACAGCCGCAGACCAUCAUGCACCUCGAGACAGAGUCCAACAUCUAUGGCAGGACAGUCAACCCGUACAACCGGAACCUGACUCCUGGAGGCAGCAGUGGAGGCGAGUCGGCAUUGAUUGGCUUCCGGGGUAGUGUACUCGGUGUCGGAGGUGAUAUCGGUGGCAGUAUUCGAUGUCCAGCUGCGCACACUGGCAUCUAUGGUUUCAAACCGACUACGAAGCGUCUUCCAUCGAGUGGACAAAGAACCCACAUGAUAGGCAAGGAAACUAUCGGCUCGACACUAGGCCCCAUGGCUACAGACAGAGACUCACUGGAGCUGUUCAUGAAAGUCGCCUUAGCUGCGAAGCCGUGGAGGCUAGACCCCGGCCUGACCGCGAAAGUAUGGACUCCGUACCACUUUACGAAGCCCCUGAAAAUUGCUGUACAGUGGUGGGAUGGCGUUGUCAAGCCCCAUCCUCCGAUGCUACGAGCCUUGAAGGAAGUAUCCGAAGCAUGCAAGGCUGCAGGCAUGGAAGUAGUAGAGUGGGACUGCACGAAAUUAGACCACAAAAAGGGGUGGGAUAUCACUGCUGGGCUCUACUGGCCUGAUGGAGGGGCUGAGGUCCUGGGUAUGAUUGAGGAGGCUGGCGAACCAAUCUUGCCUCUGACCAAGUUCAUCAUCCAUGAACAACCGACAGCGAAGAACUACAACAUGCACGAGUUGUGGCAGCUUGUCGCCGAAAGAGACGCUUACCGAGAGCGUUAUGCUCGGGCCUGGACAGACACAGGUAAGGAUGAUGGGCGAGAAGUGGACGUUAUUCUCUGCCCGCCGUCCUUUGGUGCAGCAACACCUCACGAACAGUCACGAUACUGGGGCUAUACUUCGAAUUGGAAUCUCCUGGACUACCCUGGCGUCGUGUUCCCCGUCACUACCGUUGACCAGGAGAAGGACAAGAAGGAUGUCGACUAUGUGCCGAAGAAUGCAGAAGAUAAAUUUGUGUACGAGAUGUACUCCCCUGAGAAGUACUUGGACGCCCCGGUCAAUCUACAGAUCAUCGGACGGAGAAGCUAUGAUGAGAAGGUCCUUGCUGCAUUGGUAGAGAUCGAGAAGGCCUUGGGCAGGAAAUAG